AUGAAGAUAAAACCGAAGAUCAGUUCAGUUUUGUUCAGUUCAGAUCAGCAGCUGAAGAUUCGCUCGUCCUCGAUCUGUGGCAAUGUGUGUGUCUAUCCGGCCGUCAAGUUGCGAUGGACACGUCAAGCUGUGUCAUCGCUGGUGCUGCGCUUCGUCAAGGGCCAGUUUCACGAGUACCAGGAGAGCACGAUAGGUGCUGCCUUUCUGACACAAACCAUUUGCAUAGAGGAUACGGUGGUCAAGUUCGAGAUCUGGGAUACAGCCGGUCAGGAGCGGUAUCACAGCUUAGCUCCCAUGUAUUAUAGAGGUGCGCAGGCCGCCAUCGUUGUCUACGAUAUACAGAAUCAGGACAGUUUUCAGCGUGCAAAAACUUGGGUCAAAGAACUACAUAAACAAGCCUCACCGAACAUUGUCAUUGCGUUGGCUGGCAAUAAGGCGGACUUGUCCAACAUUCGCGUUGUUGAGUUCGACGAGGCGAAGCAAUACGCAGAGGAGAACGGAUUGUUGUUUAUGGAGACGUCCGCGAAGACGGGCAUGAAUGUCAAUGAUAUCUUCUUGGCAAUUGCCAAGAAACUACCGAAGAACGACAACAAUCAGGGAUCUGUUAUAAAACCAAAUGGAAAUGAGCCGACUCAAACGACGAACAACUGUUGCAAGUGAUGUCCCUUUGUAGAAAAUGAAAUUUCCAACGAGAGAUUUGAAAAGUUUAUGCUGAUAAUUAUAAAUAAAAACAUUAUUUAAAAUUUAAAACUAAUGCCGGCUCCCAGGGGCAAGCAAUUUAAUUUCACAUAAUUGAUAAUGAUGAUGAUGAUGGAAAACCAGAAGAUAACGAUAAUAUUAAUUAUAAAUUAAAUUAAAUGAUAAACCACAAAAACUAAACCAAUCACAACAAAAACAAAAACGUAAAGCAAAUAAUAAAACAACAAAAACAACAACAGCAUAGUCCGUUAAAAUCAAGCGUAAAAUGUUAUCAAAAAGUAAACAAAACACAACGCUCCUAACAUACUUCUAACUCUGGUCCACGCUCCCCGAUUCCCUCACAUAGUUCAUAACCGCCACUUAGAGAGCUCCCUCCUACAAUUUCAUCUCGAUCAGAUGCAAAACUUCUAAAUAACGCAUUAGAAAUAAUAUGGUAAAGAAUAAACAUGAUAAAUAUGAAAGCGAGAGUUCACGUCGUGUCGUAGAAAUGUUUAAAAUUGAAUUGUAAAGAAAACAAAAACGAAAAAAUAAUGAAAGAAACUUGAUAAGUUUGUUUAUAAAUGGGUGACGAUGAUACCAGAGAAAUUCCAGUUGCAGUUGUUCUCAGCAGCGUUCCAAAAAGAAAAAGAAAACACAAAUAAAAUAAAAAAAGUAAUGAUGAAGAUAAAACCGAAGAUCAGUUCAGUUUUGUUCAGUUCAGAUCAGCAGCUGAAGAUUCGCUCGUCCUCGAUCUGUGGCAAUGUGUGAUCUAUCCGGCCGUCAAGUUGCGAUGGACACGUGUGAUAGUUGCAAUUUAUAUAAAUUAUAUAUAUAUACACAUAUGGAAAAGGAAAAAAUGAAAUGAAAAUCUAAAAAAAAAAAAUAAAAAAAAUAAAUAAAUAAAAAAAUACAUGAAAAGAUUGAAAAAACAUACAAAGAGGAAUUAAUGAAAUUAUUCAUUUUUGUUUCAAACUUUACGUUUAGCUUAUUUUAUUUCCACAUUCUCUAGCAACAAUCGAAGAUUAAAUGCUACUCUUUAAAUCAUCGUAACAAAAACAUAAACAUAAAAGAUAAACUUUCAAAAAUUAAGAUGAAGUUUAAGCAAAUGAAGUGAAGUCUAAGAACAACAAGUAAAUCUUAUACAUAAACGACUUUGUUUUGACUCGCUUAACAAAUGCAAUUUAAUUUUCAAUUCGAUUUCAAUGUAUAUGUAUAUCAACCAGCGAUCAACCAAGCAAAGCAACAAAAAAUAUAAAAAACAACAGAGAAAUCAACCAAUAAAACUCAAAUAAAACAAUACGAAAACAAAAGCAAAAACAACAAA